GUGUUUCCCUGUGGCUCGCAGAAGAAAAUUGUAAAUGGCGAAUGUCCGCUGGCCGUGGCGGGUUUUGAACAACUCGCUACCUCGACGAUUCGCACCAAAAUCUCCCAAUUCAAAACCCUAGUUUCCACCUCCACUCUCCUCCCGCUGAAGCUACGCCUCGAAUUCCACGAGGCGAUUCCAUCGAUGGAUCAUCAACGAUCAGCUUCUGCAAACGGCGAGGACGUCGGAAUUCCAGACGAUUUACGGUGCAAGAGGUCGGACGGGAAACAGUGGCGGUGCACCGCCAUGUCAAUGCCGGAUAAAACAGUGUGCGAGAAGCACUACAUCCAGGCCAAGAAGAGGGCGGCGAAUUCUGCAAUGAGAGCGCACUUGAAGAAGGCGAAGAGGAAAUCGUUGGAGGAAGGUGAUAUGUAUUUGGAGGAUAAGAGUGACGAUUUCGAUACGCCUUUGUCGACUGCGGAGCAGUCUAAUCCAGGGAAGAAGUCGUCGAAGAGUGCCCGGUACUCGCCCGACACUCCGCCCACUAGGAGCUUGCCUGUACGUAAUAGCUCAAAGCACGACGAUUCUCAGAGAGAUUUGUCGCAGCAUGAAGAGAAUUGGAGGUCUUAUAAGACAACUGCUGCGGAUUCUUCGAGGAAUAUAUCGCAGAAAAGCUUUGAUGCUAAUGCCACGACGGAGUAUUCUGAUGGAAGCACAAAUUCUUCUGAGGAGAUUGGUGGGCAAACAUGCCAUCAAUGUCGAAGGAAUGACAGAGAUGGAGUAGUCUGGUGUCUUAGGUGUGAUAAGAGAGGAUACUGCAGUAGCUGCAUCUCUUCAUGGUACUUGGACAUACCAUUGGAGGAAAUUCAGAAAACUUGCCCUGCAUGUAGAGGUAUUUGUAACUGCAGAGCAUGUCUGCGUAGCGGUAAUUUGAUAAAGGUAAGAAUAAGGGAAAUACAGGUUUUAGACAAGUUGCAAUAUCUCCAUUGUCUAUUGUCAUCUGUACUACCUGUUAUCAAACAAAUCCACGUUCAACAAUGCCUUGAAGUGGAACUUGAAAAAAGGAUAUGUGGAGCUGAUAUAUAUCUUGCUAGGGCAAAGUUGAAUGCAGAUGAGCAGAUGUGCUGCAAUUUUUGCAGGCUACCUAUUAUUGAUUAUCAUCGGCAUUGUCGAAGCUGCAACUAUGAUCUGUGUCUCAGUUGCUGUCAAGAUCUACGGGAAGCAUCCACAUCAGCAAUUAGUGGACGCUUGUCAGAUAGUGAGAAUGGUUUGACAGGCCAAGACGAGAAACUUGUGUUUGAACAAGCAUACAGACAGAGAUUGAAGUUUUUGGAUAAAAUCUCCAACUGGAAAGCCAAUUGUGAUGGAAAUAUACCUUGUCCUCCAAGGGAAUAUGGUGGCUGUGGCUAUUAUUCAUUAAGCCUGAGUCGCAUUUUUAAAAUGAAUUGGGUUGCAAAAUUGGUAAAAAAUGUGGAGGAAAUGGUUGGUGGCUGCAGGGUUCAUGAUUCUGGAACUUCACUGGACACGGAGUCGAUUGAUCCCAGCCUUUUCCAGUGUGCUCAUCGAGAUAAUGACAAUGACAAUUUCUUGUAUUUCCCAACAUCAUCAGACAUUAGAUCUAAUGGAAUCAGUGAUUUCAGAAAACAUUGGGCUAGGGGUAAACCCAUAAUCGUCAGGCAGGUUUUUGAUAGCUCAUCCAUUGCAAGCUGGGAUCCAGUGGUUAUCUGGAGAGGAAUUCAGGAUACAGCUGAUGAGAAAAUGAAAGAUGAGAAUAAAAUAGUGAAAGCCAUUAAUUGCUCAGACCAGUCUGAGGUCAAUAUUGAGCUUCUUCAGUUUAUUGAAGGAUAUUUCGAUGGGCGUAUCUCGGAAAAUGGCAGGGCAGAAAUGUUGAAGUUGAAAGAUUGGCCUUCCCCCAGUGCAUCUGAAGAGUUUAUUUUGUACCAGAGGCCUGAAUUCAUUGUUAAAUUACCCUUACUUGAGUAUAUCCACUCCAAAUGGGGAAUACUUAAUGUUGCAGCAAAAUUGCCACACUACUCUUUGCAAAAUGAUGUGGGACCUAAGUUUUUUAUAUCUUAUGGAGCCUUUAAGGAACCUAGUGCGGGUGAUUCUGUGACUAAUCUUAGUGUCAACAUGCGCGACAUGGUGUAUUUAUUGGUUCAUGCUCAUUCAGUGAAGCCUAAAGAUGCUAAGGGGAUUGAUAUUGAGUGCACGGAAAAUACUACUGUGAAAUCUGUGGUGAACGAGGUACAUGGCGAUGUAGAAAUGUGUUCUGGUGACGGGGGGUCAGCAGAACUAUUAGUUCAUGGUCAUGGAUUGCAGGAUGAGCAUGAGGCUAGGGGUGAAGCAGAGACGGAAGUUACAGUGUCAAGUAAUGAGGUGGAAUCUAAUAGUACUGAUGAGAAAACUGCCAGCUCAAAAAUAUCAGAUAGAGAUAUCUUUAAAAAGACUUGCUUGACAGCCGUUUGGGAUGUAUUUUGCCGGAAGGAUGUUCCCAAACUGACUGAGUAUUUGAGACUACAUUGGAAGGAAUUUGGGAAGUCUGCCAAAAUAAAUGAUGAGCUGAUUAUGCGGCCUCUUUUUGACGAAGCAUUGUACCUCAAUGGACAUCAUAAAAGGAAAUUGAAAGAAGAAUUCGGAGUAGAGCCCUGGACAUUUGAGCAGCGUUUGGGUGAAGCUGUUUUUGUUCCUUCCGGAUGCCCUUUCCAAGUUAAAAAUUUUCAGUCCAACGUCCAAUUGGGUCUUGAUUUCUUAUCUCCUGAAAGUGUUGGUGAGGCUGCAAGAUUGGGUGCAGAUAUCAGGUGUCUUCCCAAUGAUCAUGAAGCAAAACUGCAAGUGUUGGAGGUGGGAAAAAUCUCACUUUAUGCAGCAAGCUCAGUUAUCAAAGAAGUUCAGAAAUUGGUGCUCGAUCCGAAACUAAGCGAAGAGCUUGGAUUCGAGGAUCCUAAUCUGACUGCUGCUGUUUCCGAGAACUUGGAGAGGAUGACAAAACGAAGGCAGAUAAGUUGUGCUUAGUUUGUUUGUAUUUAUGUACUAUAGAUCAAUACCAAAACUCACUACCGGACUCGAAGACCUGUACAUAUGAAUGCAUGCAAUAGUGAGAUCUUGUGCAUAUACCAACUAACAAAAAAUAUGUUUGAGGUUCUCA